AAUUUCUGUCCCGACCUCCCAGAUCCUCCACCUCGCGUGCAUCAUUUCUACACCUGAACACAGCAUUUAAAGUGCCCGAUCUUGACCUAGGCACUCAGGACUGCACCAUGGCCGAGGAGACCAGUCUUUUCAAGCCCCUGAGGCUGGGCCGUUCUGAUCUCUCCAACCGCAUCGCUCUGGCACCGUUGACCCGCUUUCGCGCGGACGAUGACAGCGUCCCCCUGCAGGAUCUCGUACCCGAGUACUAUGCCCAGCGCGCCUCCGUGCCUGGCACCCUGCUCAUCACAGAAGCCACCUUCAUCGCGCCGGAAGCAGCCGGGUACCCCAAAGCACCUGGCAUCUGGUCGCGGGCACAGAUCGAUGGCUGGAAAAAGGUCACCAGGGCUGUGCACGACAAGAAGAGCUUCAUCUACCUGCAGCUCUGGGCCCUGGGCCGGGCCUCGCACCUGGAAGGGCUGAGGCAGGUGGCCGGCCCCGAGGCUAAGCUCGUGUCUGCCUCGGACAUUCCUCUCGAGGGCGGCGAGAAACCAACACCACUGACCGAGGACGAGAUUCAGUGGUAUGUGAGGCAGUACGCACAGGCCGCCAAGAAUGCCGUCGAGGCGGGCUUCGACGGUGUUGAGAUCCACGGCGCAAACGGUUACCUUGUGGACCAGUUCAUACAGGACGUCUCCAACCAGCGCACCGACCAGUGGGGCGGCAGCAUCGAGAACAGGGCUCGUUUUGCACUCGAGAUAACAAAGGCCGUGACCGAGGCCGUGGGCUCAGACCGCACGGGAAUCAGGCUCAGCCCUUUCUCCGACUUCCAGAGCAUGAGGAUGGCCGAUCCGAAGCCACAAUUCUCGCACCUCGUCAGGGAGCUCAAGAAGUACAAGCUUGCUUACAUCCACUUGGUCGAGUCGCGCGUCUCGGGCAAUGCUGACGUCGAGGCCACCGACAAGAUCAACUUCUUGGUCGACAUCUGGGACAACCAGAGCCCUGUGCUGCUUGCAGGCGGCUUCAGACCGGCCUCGGCCAUCGCCACGGUGGAUGAGGAAUUCCCAGACAGGGACGUCGUCGUCGUCUUUGGUCGUUUCUUCAUCUCCAACCCGGACCUGGUGUUCAGGUUACAGAAGGGUAUCGAGCUCACCAGCUACGACAGAGGCACUUUCUACAAUCCCGGGAAAGCAGAUGGCUACACCUCGUAUCCAUUCAGCAAGGAGUUUGUUGAGGCAAGGGCAUAGGCAGACAGGCCAUUAGAACCAUUUGUACAAUGUAGACCAUCCGUUCUUAGAUAUAGGGGUGGCAUAGAGCCACACCAGUACAUCACAACUUUAAUAGAUGGACUCUCCCAUG